AUGGUGAAUGUUCCCAAGACCCACUGGACAAUCUGCAAGAAAUGUGACAAGCCCCACAAAGUGACACAGUACAUUAAGGGCAAGGAUUCUUUGCAUGCCCAGGGGAAACGCUGUUAUGACAGGAAACAGAGUGGCUAUGGUGGGCAGACUACGCCUAUUUUCUGCGAAAAGGCUAAAACUACAAAGAAGAUUGUGCAGAGACUUGAGUGUGUUAAGCCCAACUGCAGAUCUAAGAGAAUGCUGUCCAUUAAGAGAUGA